CUUGGCUUUGUCCUUUUCUCCCUCCAGAUUGAGCGACAGCUCUUUGAGGAGACGGUGAAGACUCUCAAUGGCUUCUACGCAGAGGCAGAGAAGAUUGGGGGAAGCUCCUACCUCGAGGGCUGCCUGGCUUGUGCCACAGCCUACUUCAUCUUCCUCUGCAUGGAGACCCACUAUGAGAAGGUUCUCAAGAAGAUCUCCCGCUACAUCCAGGAGCAGAAUGAGAAGAUCUUUGCGCCUCGAGGCCUCCUGCUCACGGACCCCGUGGAGCGCGGGAUGAGGGUUAUCGAGAUCUCCAUCUAUGAGGACCGGUGCAGCAGCGGCAGCUCCAGCAGCGGCAGCAGCAGCGGCAGCGGUGGCAGCAGCAGCGCUGGGGGUGGCGGGGCGGGGGCCCGGUGACUGGCCGAGAGUCCCUGCAGGGAGGUGUAUGGCCGGAGUGAGGGCCUCGCAGACCUGCGGCGGCUGCGCUACCAGAGCACCCGCUUCUAAGUCUUCUCUGGGUCUACCAAGCUGACCAGGUUGGAAGUGAGAGCGACUGUCCCUGUGUUUCCUGUGAGCACUCAGCUCAAGCUCCCAGCCCCUUCCCCGCUGGCAGGAUUGGUCCACUUCCUGACCUGGGGAAAGCUGGGGUGGGGAGAACACUGUAUGGACAAUCCCUCUCUUCCUUGGCUUCUUUCCCAACACCGGGGAGGGAGGCUUAGAGAAUUCCCACCCUGCAUGAUCCUUCACCCCAAAGCCAACAUCCACCAGGACUCUCUUCCUCUGCCCCUGCUCCCAGUGCUGUCUUUCAGUGUCAGCUUUUUAUUUGAGGCCACUUCAGGGUCCCUGCCUGUCUAUGAUGCCACUUCUGCCAAAUUGGAGAUCUGGGGAGAUGGGCAUCUUGGUGGGGAUCUAUUCAGCUGCUCCUGACCUCGUCCAGAUCUGUGGUUUCCCUGUCUUCCACCCAGAGUUGGAAGCCCAUCUGAGCCUUGCCAAAAAGUAUCCAGCUUUGAGACUUUCAGGACACCUGUCACUGGUUGAGGGGAAUACACUCUGGGCUCUGGAAGGUUCUAUGGGGGUCUGGACAAACUUUGUGGAAAGAUGUGGCCAGGGAAGUUAGAAUUUCCUGAACCAGAGCCAAUUUCCAGAUUUUAGGACCUGUGUGUGCGCGCGCACGUGUGUGUAAGCAUGCACAUUUGUGAAUAUGCACAUGCAUAAGCAUGCACGUGUGCACCAGUGUAUAAAUGUAAAUGCACCAUGUGAGUGGGUGCAUACACAGGAGUGUAUGUGAGUGUGUGUGUGUGCACAUGUGUAUAAAUGUAUUUGAGUGCAUAUGUGUACCUGAGUACACAUGUAUAAAGUGUGAAUGUGAGUGCAUGUGAACACAUGUGUAGGCAUGGUGUGUGUGUGUGAGUGUACCUGUGUGCAUGAGUAUGCAUAGAUGAGUGUGACUAAGUGUGAGCAUGUGAGUACUUGUAUGAGUGCAUGUGUCUGUGUGUGAGAGUGCACUUGUGUUCCCCUCGGCUGCCAGGCUGACUGCCCAGCUCUGCAUCCUGCCGUGUUGUGUUACACAAUGGUAGAUGGUGUGGCUUCUUUCCCAUGUCAGUCCUCACCCCUUGUUGGGGGCUGUCAGCCUGGAUCUUUCUCCUGGCCUCUCCCCCACCUUCAGACUCUACUGUGCACAUUCUAGCAGAAGAGAAGUUAGGGUCCUGGAGAGCAGAGCCAACCUUCCAGUGGCCUUCAGUGUACCUCUCCCAGCCCCCGUGAUGAGACAGUGGGGCCACAGAUGCUGCAUAUUCAGCCCACCCAGGUGCCAGGGCUCUUUAAAACCGUGCAGGUCAAACGUUCUUGGACAUUCAAAGGAGGUGGCAACUAGCAGGGGCAAAGGUAAAUUCUCAUUGCAAAGACAGCAGGAAUGUCCAGCUAUUGGUGCUCUGGCUCCUGAAGUCCAGGGGAGCCAGUAGGAAGGGGGCAGCCUGGCGUCUGGGACCCAGAAGAUGGACAGAAAGGGGCUGCCUACCUCACCUGGCAGGAGGUGCUAGAAGUGGACAUGAAACACCAGCCACUGCAGGUAGCUUUCUGGAACCAAAGAGGGGCCUGGUUUUCAUCUGGAGGUGGGAGCAGCAGAGGGAGCAAACACCUACCCAGAGAGCUGGAGAGAGUGGCCCAGCCCUUGAGGGCUCAGGGAGUCUGGGUCACAGGGAGUCCUGGUGCAAGGAGCUCCCUGGAGAGCUGUAGUGCAGUGGGCUCUGUUGCAGCCCCUGACUCCUGGCCAUGGCCGGUGCAGCCCUGGCCCACUGUUGGCUGAUCAUUGAGUCUGAUCAUGCACCUCUGGUGGGAGGGUGGGUGGGGCACAGGCCAAACAGUAGCCUUUUGUUUUAUUAUUUCUUUUUCCAAUAAAGGGACUUGCCCAGUUUGAGUCUCAUGCUGUCUUAUCUGCCCCAUGAUGAUGGGGGCCAGUUCCAUAUUCUAGGAUCAUGUGGGGAGGGGCUUGGCUGUCUGAGUCAGCUGGCCUAGCAUGUACUUGAGGUAGCAGAACUGACACAGGGCUCGGAUGGGCCUGUCUUCUUGAGUUUAGGGUUUAGUGGGGGUGGUCGGCCUGUCAGGCUCUCUAAUCUGAUCUUUGGGUGAGUCUGCAGUCUUGGGUUGCCAGAACAGGUUCAAACGGAAAGCCAGGCCAAAAGUAAUUAGCGAAUAAGAUACUGACCAAUUUUUGAGUUCUUACCCUGGGUUGGGCCCUGUUAGGAGUUGGAUCCCAUGAGUUACUCAGUACUAAAGAAUGGAAAGUAGGUAGGUGUUGGAGCCCAGCAGCUGUGUCUUGGAGUUUAUAAAACAAAACACUAAUUGAGUACCUACUGUGUGGCCAGGUACUUUGUUAAAACCAUAUGCUAGGAACUGGAGAGGAUUUUAAGGUUACCUGCGUCUUCUCCUAGAAGUGUAAUGAGAGGCUGAAAGACUUGCCUCGUCACAAAGCUGGUUGAUGAUCUUAGAAUGGAAGUUUCCUGACCCAGUGGGUAGCAACCAGGUAGGAAGCUGCUUGAAGCUUCAGGAGGCUGGGGUCACACAGGUCUGUAGGCCAGAGAGGGCCUCAUCAGACGAUGGGGAGGGCAGCUCUGGUCUCUGGGGUGGGCCUCGGGGGUCCCCUCCAGAUGGUGCUGUGAACUCCAAGUGAUUUUCAGGCUUCUACUCACUGCCCAUAAGGAAUAGUUUGGUGUUCACCUGAGGCUUGGGCCGGCUGGACUUUUGCCUGUGCUCAAGCCUGGGCUGUGGGGGCUGUCCUCUAACCAGUGUGGAGGUUCAUUCUGUAGUGCUUUUUGGGGUAGGAUGUUUAUUCUCUACCAAGGUCAGACUUGAACCCCAGCCAAGCUGUUUUAGGGAGGAAGUGCUGUAGAUGGGUGAGGAUUCCAAAGUAGAAAACCCACUCUGAGUGCUAAUCUGGCAGAGAGUUCUUUGACCUUCCCGCUUUCAAAUAUCGGCAAUAAUGAUAAUGAUAACAAACAAAAGUAUCUAACAUUUAUUUGACAGCCUCAUCUGGGCCAAGGUACGAGGCUAGGACUCUAUAUAGUUCAUCAUUGAAUCAUCACAACAACCCUCUAUGGUGUGGGUUAUUAUUAUUCCCAGAUGAGGAGACUGAGGUCAUAGAAGUUAAAUUGCCCAGAGCCACAUAACUAGGAAGUGGCAGAGCUUGACUUUGAACCUAGACAGUCUGAUUUCAAACUGUGGGGAAGUGGAUCAAUACAUCUAGCUUCAAAGGCCUCUGCAGGCAUCAUCAGGUUGGGAUCUGGUAGAUUCCCAGGAAAGGACCUGAGCUUUGGGCUCCAAGUUGGGGCUAGUCCCUCCUUGCACAGGGCAUUGCAGGAGUGUGGGUGGGGUGUGCUCAUGAUUUCUGGGACCAACAGGGACAUCCUGGUAAAGGUCAAUGGAAAGACCCGAUUCUGCAGACCUGUGGGGAUGUGGCUUCUCUUGGCUGGCUCAGUUAUGGGGACAGAGACUUGGGUCUGAUUGUAGCCUUGUGUUUCUUGCAUCCCUCUUGCUGGCCAGGGACAGGCCCUAAAAGGAUCAAUGAAGCAGAAGAACUGUGAUCUUGCCUCAGCCAAAUUGUGCUCCCCUUCCCUGUCCCCUGCUGUCCCUUCCCAAGAGCACAUCCCACCUGGCGUGCCCCAAGCAGUUUUUGCUGCACCUUUCUCUCUUCACUGGGUCAGCUUCCUCCCUUGGCCAAAGGCAGGUGUGUGUGAAGACAGGGAGGGCUUGCAGAAGCUCCAGUGCCGCCCAGUGGCGGAAUCAUGUGCUGCACCUGGGAGUCAAAAGCAGUGGCCCGCAGACCCACUUGGCUGCUGUGAAACUUCCCUAACAGCCCCCAAACCAGCAGCUGCUGCCACCUGUAAGAAGUUUUCUGUAGUUUCUGGAGGUGCAGGGUGAGGGUGGAGUCCACCAGUGGCCACUCUUGCAACAUGGGGCCAGUGCUGUGCUGACUUCUGGGCACCCACUGGUCUGGGUACUCCUCUCCCUGUCCAUAUCUUUGAAAGGACUCCAAGUGAGAAGGGUCUGGGCAGGAGGCACCCUCACUGGGGUUUGGCCUUGCUAUUUGUCUAAGGAUUAGACAAAACAAAUACCACUCCAAGUCACUCCAGAGUGUGUGCUGUGGCUUCGUGGCAGACGGUGGAGACUCCUAGAAUCCGUUUCCUUGAUUGUAAGGCAGGGUACUGACACUUUACAGGAUUGUCUAGACCUGCAUUUUCAACCUUGAAUGAAAUGGGUGUCAUCUGAAGCAUGACCAACAGCCGAAGCUUGGUCCUACCUCUUGAGACUCUGUUUUAAUUGUUUUGGGCACACAGAGCCUGUCAUCAGGAUUUUAAAACCUCCCCAGGGAUUCUAAUGUGAAGGCAAGGUCAAGAACCCCUCAUUUCAUCAGCAUCAAGAACCUAUGGGCCUUCCAAGGGUCUCCGAAAAUGUCUGAAACUUGAAUAAAAAAUUUACCAGUUCCUCCAAAGCAACCAGAUAUAGGAUGAGCACAAACUGUUUGAUCCCACAUAAAGCAAACUGCAUCAAACUUAUCUGUUCGUGGCUCCUCUGGCAAAAGUGGUGAAUGGAAGGGACCUGGAGACUCCUGAUGUUCUGCUUCUUGGCCAGAAUACUCAUAAACCAACAAAAAUCCAUUGUGCUAUACACUUAAGAUCUGUGUAUUUUUUUGUACGUGUGAUAAAUUUCAAUAAAAUUUACCAAAAAGUGUAUUGGCUCCAAAAUAGGAAAAGAAAGCACAAAAUUGAAAUUACCAUUUUAUUAAAGAUCUACAAAUAUAAUGCAUUAUGUCAAAUGA